CAAUUUCCCCAAUUCAAUUUUGGGAUUGAAGGUUUGUCUUUAUGCCCAUGCCCAAGCCACGGCCCAGGGCUUUCAAAAUCUGGAGAUUCAACGACGACGAUUUCAGUCGAACCACGUAAAAGCUCCUUGUUUGUUGCAUUCAUGAAGCUUCUGUGCUCACUCAUCCUGUUAUCGCCUUUUGUCGUCGUCGUUCCCAGUCCAUUCCUCCUGGAUUUUCUGCAGAAGCAGCUCAAGGGAAGGGCAGAGCAGCUGUUUCAGCGAUUUUAGGGUUUUAAUCCCAUACCUCCCAUGCGUAAUCGAUUCCCUUCCUAUUUCCGGAUUCUGAUUGAUCCGGUGCUUCCCCAAUGUCAACAGCAACAACCCCUUGUUGCCACUCUCUCUCCUUUCUCUCUGCCCCUCCCAAUUCCAGGUCUUCGAUUAGGGUUCAUUUGAAGCCUCUGCUCCCUCGUUUUCCUCUCAAUUCAAGCAUCCCUUGCGUCAGCACUCUCUCCCGGCGCCGCAGAAAUAAAUGGGAGAUUCUGUGCUUUCGGCGUGAAGAGUCCUCCCCCGAAAAUUUCAAGUCCAGGUCUGUGGAAGACAAAUUGGCGGAAGACCUGGUGCCGACCCCUGAAAUCAAUCAACCUAGUGACACAAGAAAAGAUUGGGUGUCUAGUUUAUAUAAGGCCAUUGAAUCAAUAUUUGUUACAAAGCCUUGGGUGGUUCCAUGGACAGCAAAAACCAUUGUUCAGGUUAUGCUUCUCUGGGUUGCUUCAUUCUGGGUAAUAGGAUCAUGGAUAAUUCCAAUAAUAGCCCAUACAGCAGGAUACAGAAAGGAAUUUAUGACGUACAGAGGGCAAGCCUUGUACAGCCUCCUCACAGAUGUGGUUGAAGGGCUUACCGGGAUGGCGAUUCUGCAUCGCUGCCUCUCAAGAUUCCAUCCCCUUCCACCCGGCUGGUUCAAAUUCAGCCUCGAAGGGAAGUGGCAAUUGGAUGUUGGUUUAGGCUGCCUUAUGUUUCCACUCGUUAACCGUCUCUCACAGGUGAAUCUAAACUUGUUGCCCAUUCUUCCCUCAGCCCCAGUCACGGUCUCUAGCGUCGAGCAAUCAAUUGUCGCAAGGGACCCAGUGGCAAUGGCACUCUAUGCAGUGGUCGUUUCGAUCUGUGCCCCCAUUUGGGAGGAGAUCGUGUUCCGAGGGUUCCUUCUACCAUCGCUGACAAGAUACAUGCCGGUGUGGUGCUCGAUUUUGGUGAGUUCAGUAGCCUUUGCCUUGGCACAUUUCAAUAUGCGGAGGAUGCUACCUCUGAUACUGCUAGGGGUGGUGAUGGGUACUGUGUUUGCAAGGACUAGGAACCUCCUACCAUCAAUGUUGUUGCAUAGCCUUUGGAAUGCCUUCGUAUUCUUAGAUCUCAUGAAGUAAAUGUUGUUGAUUAUACUGUAAAUUUUGAUUUCUAUUGAAAUUUAUUUCAUGGCCAAGUUGAAGUUAUCAUUCUCCUUUGGUUACUGUAAAACAAGGUUCCACCUGAAUCUUUCUUGGAUUCCCACUUAACAAAUCGCCUUGAAGGGUUUUUGUUGGUA